ACUAUUGAUUUUCACCACCCCGAUGUUCUGUCCGAUUUCAGUUGUAUUAUUUCUCCAAAUCGGUAAAAUAUGUCCGGAAAAACCUUUGCUUUUCAGUGUUAAAGUUUUCAGUUCGCUUUUCGCGUUUACAUUAUGUUCGUAAGUGUUGAAAUAUGAUUGGAAAAAGUGUUACUCAUUUUAUAUAUGUCAAUAUUACGUUUAAGAAAAAACUCUAUUAGGAAAAACUCGGGAAAUCGUUUCCCGUUCGACUGUUUUUAUUUUAAAAAUAAUGGAAAGUUGUUUUUUGUGGUAUUCAACCAGUAGGUUGAAUAGUAAGGAAGUAGAGAAAUUGUGACAACAAAAAAUAAAAAUAAAUUGACGCUGAAGGGUGGAAAUAUGCAGAAGGAAAAUUCGAACCCUUCCCCAGAGGUGCACCAAUAUGUGGGGCCCUAUAGAUUGGAAAAAACCUUAGGAAAAGGUCAAACUGGUCUUGUGAAAUUGGGGGUACAUUGCGUGACUGGGAAAAAAGUGGCUAUAAAGAUAAUAAACAGGGAGAAGCUUAGUGAUAGCGUUUUAAUGAAAGUUGAAAGGGAAAUUGCAAUAAUGAAGCUAAUUGAUCAUCCACACGUCCUUGGUUUGACCGACGUUUACGAAAACAAAAAAUAUCUUUACUUGGUGCUGGAGCAUGUUUCUGGUGGAGAACUUUUUGAUUAUUUAGUUAAGAAAGGAAGAUUAACGCCGAAAGAAGCGAGAAGGUUUUUCAGACAAAUAAUUUCAGCCUUGGAUUUUUGUCAUAGUCAUUCAAUAUGUCAUCGAGAUCUUAAGCCAGAAAAUCUGUUAUUGGACGAAAAAAAUAACAUCAAAAUAGCCGAUUUUGGAAUGGCCUCUCUACAACCAAUGGGAUCUAUGUUAGAAACCAGUUGUGGAUCUCCUCAUUACGCAUGUCCGGAAGUUAUAAGGGGUGAAAAAUACGACGGCAGGAAAGCAGACGUAUGGUCGUGCGGUGUAAUCCUAUAUGCCCUUUUAGUUGGAGCUUUACCCUUCGACGACGAUAAUCUUCGACAACUUUUAGAAAAAGUAAAAAGGGGCGUUUUCCAUAUCCCCCAUUUCGUUCCCCCAAACUGCCAAAGUUUACUUAGAGGGAUGAUCGAAGUCAACCCAGAAAAACGAUUAACAUUGACAGAAAUCAAUAAACAUCCUUGGGUGACGGCCGGUGGUAAAGGCGAACUCGAGUUAGAGCUGCCGAUGAUGGAAGUCGUUCAAACGCACGUUCUACCGUCCAUAGACGCAGUCGAUCCCGACGUACUGCAAGCGAUCUGCAGCCUAGGCUGUUUCAAAGAAAAGGAGAAAUUAAUUCAGCAUUUGUUAAGCCCCAGUCAUAAUACGGAGAAGGUUAUUUAUUUUUUGUUAUUGGAGAGAAAGAGGAGGAGACCCGCAUGCGAAGAUGAGACUGAUUCGUUAUUGAGAGUGAGAACUGGAGAUGGACAAGAUCCGCCUAAGAAGAGGAUAGAUACGUGUAGGGUUAAUGGGCAAAAUACCCUUCAGUUUGGACAGAUUAGCGAAGGGUCGCCGUUAACGCCGAGACGGACACAUUACAAAAGACAUCACGCUAGGAGAAGUCCUUCGACAGGAAGCACCCACAGUAGUCUUAGUAUACAUUCCCCGACGCGAUCACCGGGAGCAUCUAGUCCCGUGAUGUUCAAUAGUACCAUAACUCCAACUAACACGCAUUCUGGUAUGUCUUCGCCGGUUAGUCAACGCUCAACCACUCCCCAUCACACCCAUCGGAGCUCCACUCACGUUUCCUCAAACACCCACGUGACGGUUACACCCCCUCCGGCUACUCCGACCCAUCAUCGAGCGAAUAGCAGCGGAGGGGCUUCGGUCAUUUCGGGAAUGUCGCUGACGUCACCGGAAAGCGAUACCACUAACCUGGUGACGGGUCAGUAUGCAACCGAAACGAGUCAUUCGGUUUCAUAUAAGGAUUUUGUUAAAGGUCCCUCUAUUUUAACCCCAAUGACACCUCCGGGGUCUCCGCAUUCUAGUACUACGACCCACCAUUGGCGAUCGAGACUCACUACUAUUAAAAAUAGCUUCUUGGGAUCGCCCAGGUUCCAUAGGAGAAAUAAAUUGCAAGCCGCUUCCGAGGAGGUUCAUUUGACUCCGGAAUCGUCUCCGGAGUUAACGAAAAAAAGUUGGUUCGGUAGUCUGAUGACGACCGAAAAGGACGAAACUUUCACGAUAUUAGUUAAGGGGAAACCGCUAGCUAGCGUUAAGGCCGAUUUAAUUCACGCUUUUUUAUCGAUAGCGGAAUUGAGUCAUUCGGUGUCGAGUCCUAUGUCAUUUAGAGUAGAAUAUAAACGAGGUACCACCGGACCGGCGAUGUUCCAAAGACACGUUAGAUUUCAAGUAGACAUAUCGCCGAUAAUUAAACAAUCAAGAGAUAACACCAAAGAACAUAUUUUUGCCAUUACUUUCACUCUACUUUCAGGUAAUAUUCGAAGGUUUAGGAGGGUUUGCGAGCACAUCCAAGCGCAGGUGUGUACGAGACGACCUCCUCCGAGUCCGAGAGCCCAGAGGAAGUUUACGACCGAGUUGAGCGAAAGUUCUAGUUGCGGAUCGGAUUCCAGUGAACUAUUUCUUAAUACUAGACAGUUAAACGUAUUACAACUAGAAAAUAGCGAUUUGGAAAGCGAAUGCAGCGUGUUCGACGUCCGUACCGCCGCUAGGGAAGUUUCUCGACGAGCUUCUACCAACAACAAUACGGAAACGUGUGAACAAAAUAAUCCCAGUACCCCGAAAGCCGUUCGAUCGAAUUCCGAAAAUACGGAAACAUGCGAAAAAAAAUGUAUUACGACAAUGUCUGGUAGCUCUAUUGCGUAAUAUUUUUUUUAUGUAGCCUAAUUUUAUUAUUAUUGAUGAUGUUUGAACGUUAGUGGGAAACGGUUUUUGAAAUUUUUUAUAAUCGUGUUUACUUGUUGGCGAGUCACUGUCUAUAUCAAAAAAAUAAUCAUGAAAUUCGUGUUACGUAAAUUAAACUCUAAAAAAUAAUUUUUCCCCACAUUUUCAACUCAAACAAUUAUUAAAAAAUAUUUCAUUGCAAAUUAUCCUAAAUGCGGACCUGUCUUAUAUGAAGCUACUCUAUCGCUGCGGCAUCUCAUUAGAUCGAUUUUAAAAUUUAUUAAUAAACUUUUUGCACGUUUAUGAAAUUUAAACGAACGUAUUUAGAAAAAAAUAUACGGAGUGUAAAAAAAUUUGAAAAGCCGUCUCACUAAUAAAAUAAUACUCCCUGUUGUUAUCCAUGUUGGUUGUGGGAAAGAUGUACAGUGACGUAAGACAUAAAGUAAUAAUAGUACUGAUACAAAUAACUCAUUUAAAUAUAAUUAAUUAAUCAUUUUCAAUUACAGUAAAAAUUUUUCGUAUUUUGAUAAGCACGUGAUCGCGUCAUAAUAAAAGGAAUUCAUUCGGACGAGUCCAUUGUGAGGGGUUUCUGGAUUCAUUGUUUUAAAUCAGUGACGGAUGAUGGCAACGUUGCCAGUUCAAUUUUUUCUAUCAAAAAUUAGUUAUGAAAUUUCUUACGUAAUUUUUUAUGUUUGAAUGUUAUGUAUAGUGGUAUCUGCACUGGUUGAAAUGUGUUAUAAGCAAAAUGCUUUCGUUAAUUGUGAUUUUAAUAAACAAUAAUUGUGUCAACCUUUAAAAUUUUUGAUUCAUUCCUAUUAUUACAGGGUAAUUCUUCGAUCAUUCUUAUUAUUUACAAAAAUACAGGGUGCUGAAUCAAACAAACAAUCAAAUA